AUGGCUCAAUUAAUCUCAGUAAAAUUGAGAUUUCAGUGCCGCCCGUUAACGAACCCAGCCCUAAUUAAAGCAGCCGGGGGGGCUCGGGGGGCCCUGGCCGCCCCCCCACGCCCCCCGUGCCCCCCCAGGACCCUCAAAUCCUUCUGGAUCCGCAAGGGCAGCGCCUUCAGCACGGCCGUGCCGCGGCCGCACGCCGAGCUCACCGCCGACAUGAUCGCCACGGGCUCCUGGCGCCAGCUGCCCUUCAAACCCUACAACUUCUGCUCGCUGGGGCUGCCCCCGGCCUGCGGGCACCUGCACCCGCUGCUCAAGGUGCGCUCGGAGCUGCGCCAGAUCUUCCUGGAGAUGGGCUUCACGGAGAUGCCCACGGAUAAUUUCGUGGAGAGCUCCUUCUGGAACUUCGACGCGCUCUUCCAGCCGCAGCAGCACCCGGCCCGCGACCAGCACGACACCUUCUUCCUGCUGGACCCCGCCGAAGCCCCCCAGUUGCCCCCCGGCUACUCCUCCAAGGUGAAGAAGGUGCACUCGCAGGGAGGCUACGGCUCACAGGGGUACAGGUACGAGUGGAAGGCGGAGGAGGCGCGCAAGGACCUGCUGAGGACGCACACCACGUCAGCCAGCGCCCGCGCGCUGUUCCUGGCUGGCACGGAGAAGUUCAGCCCCGUGAAGCUGUUCUCCAUCGACCGCGUGUUCCGCAACGAGAGCCUGGACGCCACGCACCUGGCCGAGUUCCACCAGGUCGAGGGGCUGGUGGCCGACCGGGGGCUCACCCUGGGCCACCUCAUGGGCACCCUGCGCCAGUUCUUCACCAAGCUGGGGAUCUCGCAGCUGCGCUUCAAACCCGCCUACAACCCCUACACGGAGCCCAGCAUGGAGGUGUUCAGCUACCACCAGGGGCUGAAGAAGUGGGUGGAGGUGGGGAACUCGGGGGUCUUCCGCCCCGAGCUGCUGCUGCCCAUGGGGCUCCCCGACAACGUCUCCGUCAUCGCCUGGGGGCUCUCGCUGGAGCGCCCCACCAUGAUCAAAUACGGCAUCAACAACAUCCGCGAGCUCGUGGGGCACCGCGUCAACCUGCAGAUGGUCUACGACAGCCCCAUGUGCCGCCUGGACGCGUGACCCCCCGCCCCGGGGGUCCGCCUCCUUUGUGGGGAGGGGUCCCGUCCCCGGGGGGUCCCCCGUCCCCAAUAAAGGCCUGUCCUGCGCUGCC